AGUUACUCUCCACUGCUGUAGGUUAUAGUCUACACGUUUAUCUUGGUAAGGUACGUUUUUGUUAACUUUGUUGGGUUUACCUUCAGUAACAGACACGUAAACAGCGUUGCUGUACAAUGACCGAGCAGGGAGGGACAGAGGGAAGCUCGGUGAGAGAAAGACCAACCCAGCGAAACACACGGUAGGCUGCUAACGGAGAGAGCAGCAUGGCGGGGCUACAGGACUUCCAACAAGGCAGCAACUGUCACAGGAAAACGUGGAUCAAUAUACUAUUAGGAAUAGUUCAUUUACUUUUACCGUGCGUCCAGCACGGAGGGGCUCAGCUGCAAGCUCUGAGUCAGAUGUCCACCAGCGUGGUCGAGGUCUGGCAGCCAGAGGAUGCAGACUCAUUUGUCCCGCUUCAGAUGGAAAAGGAGCGGAGAAAAGAUGGUCUUCCUCUAGAAGACAGCUCCUCUCCAUAUACACGGGAGAAUGGGAGGCCUUUGCUUUUUCAGCCCCCAGCGUUGGAGUUUGGGACGCAGCCGCUGGGGCUGCCAAGAGCUGAAACCAUAUAUAUACACAACCCCAGCCAGGAAGUUCCUGUGACACUGCUGUCAAUGUUUACAUCCAGCAGGCAUUUUUACAUACCUUCCUUUCACAGAAGUGUGAUCCCACCCAAAGGGAAGGCAUCUUUUAAACUAAUUUUCCUCCCGUCUGAGGAGGGCAAUGUAGAAAACACAUUAUUUAUAAACACAUCCGCCCAUGGGCUGCUCUCAUACCAGGUAUUUGGUGUGGGAGUUCACCAGGGUUCAUUAAAGUCUGUCCAAAGAAAGGAUAGACUCCUAAUAUUCCCUCACAUCCAGAGCAUUAAGCUGACCCUAACUCAGGAAGAUGCCUCCAACAUAACUAUACUGGGUCUACUCCUGGAGUGCAGCUUACCGAAGAGUUUGUUCAACAGCCCUCAGGGGUCCUGCCUCAAGAGUGAGGAACGCCUCAGUCUGCAGAUUAAUCUGUCGACACGUGGUGACCAGCCUGCUGACCUGGACAAACUCAAGCCUUAUAUCAUUGAGCACAUUCUAGUGCUGCUGGUAGCCCCCACCGCAGGACCAUCUACAGUAGGGGAUCCAAAAAUAGGGGUGCAUAUGUUAAAUUCUGGAGGCAAGAAACUAUAUGUAAAGGAUGUGCGGGUGCUAUCAGAAGUGGAGGCCAGCCUGGAAUUUCAGCAAGUUGCCCUGAGACCAGAGGCCAAAAACUUCACUGAAGUGGCUACCCUCGCCUGCAGAGGUUCAUUGCCAGCCCAUGGAAGAAAAUGCAUCAGUCAUAUCAGUUUAAAAAUUCUGGGGAACAGGACAGCCUACAACUUCCCUGGGCUACAGAUCAUACCCAGAUGGAUGGUGGGAGAUUUGUUCAGCCUGUUCCAAGUGAAACAAAGAGAUGCCAACCAGGUGGAUCUGUGGCUGACCAACCCCACGCUCCUGCCCCUCACUGUGUUCAAUGCCAGCCUCUCGCACAAGUUGCAGGGAGUAAUGAAGGUGAUGAAUUUCAGCGGCCCACUGACAGUUCCUCAGGGUUGUUGGUGGAUCCUGUCCCUUCAGCUGCUCAGCAGGGCCCUGCCCGUUAACCAGGUGUCCACCCUGAGUUUGGAUACCAGCCUUGGCUUAGCUCUGCACAUCCCCCUCUACUUUAACUCUACUGCUUCCAAGGGGGAUGUGGUGUUUGAGACAGAACAAGAGUGUGGGCAGCCUUGCCCCCUCAGAUUGUCUGAUACAGGUUGUUCAGAGUGGCAGCGCUCUCUCCUCCCAGACUUUUCCCCCUCGUCCUGGGAAAUAGACAACAAACUGGCCUCUGAGCUCUGCUCUCGAUGGCAGAGCCACAAAGACAACCUGCCUUGCAGGUGGCCCAGACUGCCUGUAGAAACAUCAGCUCCUCUGGAUUUUGGUGCUACACCCGUCAAUGACAGCAAGGUCAAGACGUUUAUGCUGAAAAAUCCUUCCGCUUCAGUAAUUUCUGUAGAGAUUCGAAUCCUCUCCCAGUACCCUGCCCCGCUGGAAGCUCUGGAUUUCCUAACCAAAUGGUUUUCUAUUAUUCCACUCUCUGUCAACAUCAGCACCACAGAGUUUUCUCUGUUGGCUUCUCCACCCAAGGCUGGUGAGAACGUCGAGGACAUAACAGGAGAGGGUGUCCUGCGUCUGCUGCUGAAGCCCUGGGAGACCAGAGAGGUUGCUGUGGUGUUUACUCCCUCUGAACACAAACCCAUCACUACCAUUCUCAUCAUCAGGAACAACCUGACGGUGUUUGACAUGGUGAUGGUGCAGGGCCAUGGGGCCAAAGAGCUGCUAAGAGUCGGAGGCAAACUGCCUGGCCAAGGAGCCUCCCUGCGCUUCAACGUUCCUCAGUCAACUCUAAUGGAGUGUCGUGAUGGUGUGCGCACCAACAAGCCACUGUUUGCCAUCAGAAAAAGUUUCAAGGUGGAGAAUGCAGGAGAGCUUCCUCUGACAGUCGUGUCGAUGAAUAUAAAUGGAUACAAGUGUCAUGGUUUUGGCUUUGAGGUGUUGCAGUGUCACUCUUUCAGCCUCGACCACAACACCUCCUCAGAGAUCACUAUUGCGUUCACCCCAGACUUCACCUCCUCCUGGGUGAUCCGGGACCUCACCCUGGUAGUUCCUGGCCCCAGCUGGGAGGAAACUUUCUGGGUGGUCACCCUCAUCUUUACAUGCUUCUCCCUGUUUGGUGUGUGCCUGAUGGCCUUCCAUCAGGCUCAGUAUAUACUGAAUGAGUUCUCCUCACACAGCAUCAGAAGCAACCACAACUGUGUCCUGUCCCGGGACAGCAGCUCCGUCAGCAAUAUAAUACCCAAUGGAGUAAAUAAAACAAAGGGAAGUUGUAAGAGCUAUGUGGACAGCGGUCACACCUCUGACAAGGGUAAGGGGCGUGGCUCUCCAGCUUUAGCCAGCAGCCCCGCCCCACAUCCUCAGUCUUCAAAGAAAAGCUCCUCAACUGCCCAAUCCCAGCCGCAGAAGAAACACAAGGUUUCACUCUAUUACACCAAAUAUAAGUCCAGCUCAUCCACAGCAGGAGUUGGGGGUGUGACAAUGGAUGAAGAGCAUGAAGAUUUGACACAGGAUGCUCCUCUGACCCCAGACCUCGAUAUCUGCAACAACAAUGAACCAGCUUUCAUCAGUGAGCUGGAUAAAAAGAUGUCCACAGACUUUAAAGACGACCCCCACAGCACUGUAGAAGAUGGAGUGCCAGCAGCAGUUAUGUUUCCUGUGGAAAUGCCUGCUGGUUUUCCAGAUAAUGUCACAGUGGGUCCGGGACCUAGACCAGGCCUGUUAGUGUGCAGUCCUGUAGAGAAGAGGUGCCCUGAGCAACAUGCAGAGAAGAUAGACUCUGACAAAAGGGACAAUUCUGAAAUGGAGGUAAGGAUGGUGCUGAAAUUUACCAUGCUACUACUAAUUUAA